UGUACACACUCGUCACACAUCCUCAAUGAACUUCAAGGGAAAACCCCGUAAAAUUCACAUUUUACUUUCGAUGUUGACUCGAGACUUCGACGGAUUUAUAUGAUACAUUAAUUCGAACGAACAAGUUACACGAGUUUGAAGAAGUACAGGUUGCGUUUAGCAAGAUGUGGACACUUUCAGUGGAAGCCGCGCCAAGAGAAUCAAGGAUGCAAAACAAGGAAAGCGAUAUUGGUAUCAGAAGAGCGUCGAACAAAAAGCGUUAUCAAAACCUUCAAUCAAUCAUGCAGAUUCCAGAGCAUUUCACAGAACUGUCUAUUCGGAUGUUUGAAGCAGUUGACGACAGUGGAGCUGGGAAGGAAACUUUAUUGGAGCGGAGGAGAACUUACUUGCGGAGGGAGCAAAUUGAGAAAAUAACACAGCAACUACAAGGAAAGAACUGUGAGUGUUUUCAUUUCGGGAGCCAGUCGGAAGGGACCACAACUCCCGGUCUCCAGUCUGAUAUUGAUUUUCUAAUAAGUAACAACAUAAUCAAUAUCAUGACCGUCUGGGAAGACUGGAAGGCUGGGAUUCUGAACCUUCUGAUGCUCCACGACAACACCACUCCACCUCAACAGUACUUGCUACAAGUCAUCCAAGACUACACACCGGAACCAGUGACCAGUCUGACCCAUGACACGUUCGUAAGGAAAGAUUCUGGGCAAAUACUGUUCAGCGCUGAAAGAUGGAAAAAUUACAUCGCGUAUAAGGCUAGAGAUCAAGGGGAGGCAGCUAAAAAUGGGCCUUCUGUGAGUUGGAUGCCUAACUGGGAUAUUGUAAAUGCAUGUCAUGUACGCAAACCUCUUCCUGAAAUACAGCACUGGAUAGACAGAUGUAGAGGUAAACACUGGCCACCUGUUCAGCUUCUCGAGGCUGCACGGAUAGCUCCGUGUUUCCUGGUACCAGCAGGACAUCCAGACAGUGAUUUCAAGAGCGAAGAAUGGCGACUAUCUCCGAACCUGAUAGAACGAAUGUUGAUGUUUAGCUUUAAUAUGACACAACUAAAAUGUUACAUUAUUUUAAAACAAAUCAAAAAAUCAUUAAUUGCUAAAAUUUUGGGAGAUUCUUUUACAAGCUUUCAUUGUAAAACUAUAAUGUUUUACACCAUUGAAAGAACACACCAUUCCAUGUGGUGCGAACAAAACCUUAUGUUUCUACUUUGGCUUUGUUUACACGUAUUGAGGCGAUGGCUGCGAUUGGGAAGGCUCCCGCAUUAUAUCAUAGAAGGAGUGAACUUGUUUGAUGGGAAACUAUCCAAGUUGCUACAGAAACGUAUUUUAGUGUAUUUAGACUCAUUUAUAAGGAAUAAUUUACAAUCUGUAUUUUAUAUUGGUAUAGACAAUAAAGGAUGUCGGUUCCAAGCGUGUAGUAUGCGGUACAUUGUACAGGCUGGAGAACUAAGAGGUGUACGCUUACGUAACAGUAUCAGAUUACUGCUGAAGUUUGAGUGCUUGGGAACAUUUAUAGGUAUUUUAACACGGUACCUACAUGAACACAGCAUUUCUCAUAUAAUCUUCGAUCAACAUGUAAAAGGUGUAAUACGCAAUGCUUUUGAAAACUCAACGAAUGUCAUAUCGAAAACGGCUGCUUUAGAAUGUAUUAAACUCUUGUACGCGCUACACAUUUCAGUGCAAUCAUCUUACUAUUUGCGACUACGACACGUUCUUGACAGCGAACAUAUAAGGCGUGUCCAAUAUUCCUUUCAUGUUGAUGUAGCUUCUAGUCGCUUAAAGUUUGCUUCUUUGUUGUACUGUAGUGGUCAUCUUCAAGCGGCAGUUCGAGUGUUGGAGGAUGUAAAGAGGAGGUAUCACAGUACGGUCAAGACUGUGUGUGAUUGUAGACGUUUAGUAGGAGACCGUGAUCUCCAGGUGUUUGCUGAUAUGUUAUCAGGUAACAAAGAAGUUGGAUUCAUUGAAUCGCCAUUCGCAUUCUGUGUCAGAUUUUCUAGGCAAGAAUCGUAUUGCGCUCCGUUCAUUUUAUUGUUUGAAAUGAAUCGCAAUACCACUGAAGAGGAAGUAGCACAGAGGGAUCGCGUUGAUAAACGAUGGAUGGACUGGGCUGAGGUUGAUGCUCGUCCAUUCCUACACUAUCUACAGUAUCUCACGUAUGGGGGACUCGGUGUACGUGACAAUCAGCUACGUGCAUUAAGAGACUUGAAGUCGUGUAUGUAUGAUAUGUCUGUAAGAAAUCAACUCAAACUGUAUCACAUCGAGACUGCACUGAACUUGCUGGGACACUGCUGUGAAAUGGAAGGAGACUAUCGAUGAGCGUUAAAUUUGUACGAGACAUCGUUGAUAAUUCACGCUACAAACAAUGCCGCUAAUUGGCACGUUCGGCGUGUUCUGGGUCUUAUAAGUGGUUAAAAUACGUACGUUUAACAUGUUUAUUGUGCACGAUAUUGUACAAAAAAACUAAACACGCAUUUUAGGAUUAACGGUUCGUUAUCGCUAAGUUUAGGCAUGUUAUCUUAUAAAGUAUAAGGAAGUGUGAUUUAUAUGUAUGUUUAAAAAUAUUUUCAUCGGUUUUAUAUUAAACGUGCUCUUUUAGUAGCGUCCCAUUGAUCAGUAUAUAUAUUUCCAUUUGUUAUGUUUUUUGGUAAACGGAUUUACUUCUAUCGUAUGCAUCUUCUAAUAAGUAUGUUUUGUGAAGGUAUGUCUUGAACGUUACUAUGAAUGAAUGUCUUGAACGUUAUGAAGUAUAAAUGAGUUUGUUCAAUCUUCAUUCAGCAACUACAUUUAUUCAUAAUAUGAUAAUCGUACUGCACUCCUUUUAUAAUGCUGUUUGAAAUAUAAUCGCUAUAUCACUGAAGAAGAAGUGACGCACAUAAAUAGAUCUAAAGAAUGCUCCCAAAGUGAUUGAACCCAUGACCUCUCGGCCGUAAGCAGACACCAUAACCACUACGCAACGGCGACCUAUCCGUUUCCAGCUAGAAAGCUGUUUCGAUCCCCAUAGCGUGAGAAUUUUUUAGAUCUCCCACAAAACGCCAAUUCCUUUUUAUAUCCAGGAAAAGGACUCGCGAGCGUUUCAAUAAGCCUUUGGAUCAAAGCAGUUGGAUUGACGCAAUCGAGCUUAAAGUAAAUUGGUUAAACGUAAAUUUCAAAAGACACAAACUCGGACAUUCUCCCGUACAUACGUCUUCCGUACGCUUGCAGGUCUGAUAGUGGCCGUGCUAGAUCACGAGCACUUCCGGCUCAAGAUGCUGUCCAAGGAGAAGAUGAUUUCAGCGCAACUUGAAAGGCUGGAGGAUACCGAAAACCGAUGUGACGUAAAGAGAAAUUAGUGUUGUUGUUUCCAUACAAUCUCUGUAACAUUUUGGAGAAUGAAUAUGUUUACUUAAAAACAUCAUGUGUAAGCAGAAUUUAAGUAUUUUUGGAGUAUACGUGUCUUAAUGUGCCAUUGAAGCCGUGAAACAACUUGCUAGAGCCCUAUUUGUCUACUACAUUUUGUUUGUUUUUACACUCAUACAAUUAUCAUUAACAAAUACCAUUAAUAAAUUUACUAAGUCGA